CCAGUCAGUCAAGUCACACGAAAGCCUCUCAUAAAUACGCAAAACCCCACCCCACCCCACACCAGAAAUCAAUUACGUUUUCAGCAACAAACAAACAACAAACCCUCAAUAAACCCCAAAUCACGGAACCACAAAUUGAAUUCUCUGUAUGGAAGUUGAACCUCCGAAUGUGAAUCUCUUCUCUCCAAGCAUUCUUCUGUCCAACAGGGAGAUGAUUGAUCAAGGAAAUAAGAAUGUGUACGACGAUGGUGUGAGAUUUGGAUAUGGAAUGGGGGAGAUGGAGAGUGGAAGCGGACUGCUUCCGAUGUAUGUUUCGCCUGGAAUGAUGAUAGAUACGAUUCCGGCGACUGGUUUGAAAGCCGAUAGCGGACUCACUUACAGUCUUCCGAUUUCGAGGAAACGUUCGCGUGAUUCGUCUUCGUUUGAUCCGACGGUUUUAUCUUUUCCGAAUGUUCAGUUUGUGAAUCAGAACCAGAAUGCAACGUUUACGUUUCUCGGUCAUGACAUCUCCAUGCAAAUCUAUCAACAACAGCUUGAGAUUGAUCGGUUCAUUGCUCUUCAGACGGAAAAGUUGAGAACGGAGAUCGAAGCAACGCGAAGGAGAAACUCGAUGAGGUUAAUCGCAGCAGCGGAGGAAGGAAUCAAGAAGAGAUUGAGAUCUAAAGACGAGGAAAUCGUGAAGAUCAGCAAGUUGAAUUCUGCUUUAGAAGAAAAAGUGAAAUCCCUAAGCGUAGAGAAUCAAAUAUGGCAACAAAUGGCUCAAACAAACGAAGCUACAGCCAACGUUCUACGUCGCAAUCUUCAAAGAAUCCUAACCCAAAUUCAACAACAACAACAACAAAAUCAAACCGAUUACGCAGAUAAUAAUAAAACUUCAGUCGACGAUGUUGAAUCAUGCUGCGGAAGCAAUUACGAGGAAGAAGAGCAGAUUGAACAGAAGGUGCAGAAAUUGUGGGAAGGUGGAGUCAUGCGUGUUACUGCUACCUUGCAGACAUCUCUGUAUCUGUACUGA